GUGGCAAACACUCACGUAGUCUUUUGGUCUAAUGGCUUACACAAAUCGUGCUUAUGUACAUACCAUACACACAUACACAUACUAGGGCACUAGAAUAUCUGUGUGUGUGUGUGUGGGUAUCACUUUUAACAUCCGCAUUCAUCUUGAAUAGUUAGACACGUCGCCUGGAGAGAGAGAGAGGCGUGGUGGAUUACCAUAACUGUCUACAGACAAACCGGGACACUACCUGAUUUCCAGACGUUCACUUUAAAAAUGAAAACAGCGCAUUUUCAGUGGAGCAGAACUUGCAAGGCAGCCAUGAAGGAGCGACGUCUACUACUCGCGACAUCCGCGGGGCUGCUGAUCAUUGUCUUUCUUCGCGUGGCGCUGGAGAAGUCCUUUAGGAGGAGCCCGCCUCCUGCUGUCCUCAAGAGUGCCGUAGAAAACCCGACGUUGAAGGAAAGCUGUUUCGACUACGUGAAUUUCACCGCAGAGAACGUCUGCUGCAAGAUGCGGAAGUACACGGCGGGGGACGUGCUGCGCUGCGUCGAGGGGUUCAGUGCAGAGCAAAGACUACAACGCAAAAAGGCAGCAAACAUCUUCCGAGCCAACUCGACCACCUUGCCUGCAGUGACCCACAUUGCCCUGGUGGGAGACUCUCACAUGAGGAACCUGUUUGUGUCUGUCGUCGAGCGUAUUGGCAUCGAGAAACUGCAGGUCCGGAGGAAGUCUGUGCAGAAUACGUGGGGCGAUGCGAAAAAGGUCUUGAAAACAAUGCAUUUACAGAAAUUUAUAGACACUACGGAGGUGCGGCACAUGAGCGCCCCUUUCCGAGUCACGUGGUACAGGGACUGGAAGCUCGACGGUUUCCCCGAACUGAUUCAUCGGUGGGAGACGAACCAGGAGCUCAGGCCUUCGCUGGUCAUUACAGGAGCAGCGCACUACUGGGUGCGGAAACAUCCUCCUCGCGCAGGGAACCUUUUAGGAAAUUCCUCACUACCCUUGCACCUCACCCAGAUCUCGAAGGCAUCCCACACACACCAUAGAUCACCAUCUUAACCAGUGGUAUGCAGACAUACAGACUGCCCGCAGGGCA